GGAACUGCAGCUUGACGUAGUUGCAGGAGUGUCUUACCUGGAAACAAGAAUUUGGAUAAAUUUCAUGGCUUAACAACCAUCAAGCUUACUUUCACAAACAACCAGAUCUCCGAGGAAAUGAUUUUCAACGCGAUCACUAGAUCUCGCAGUGCCAUGGGCACUUUUAUGGGCCAGUGGCGCAGGCUGGCACUGGGUGCAGGGAGCAGGAGACGACUGUGCAGCAAACCCCAGGAGGGAGGAGCAGAGCAGGCCCCCGCUCAUGUUCCACCCCACACUCAACGCCUGGGAUUCAGGGUACCAGGGUACCGGCCAAGUGACUGGGACAGGAAGGUUCUGGUUUGGUCUGGACGCUUCAAGACCAAGGAGCAGAUCCCAGAGAUUGUGUCGUUUGAGAUGAUUGAUGCGGCCAGGAACAGAGUCCGCGUGAAGAUCUGUUACAUCAUGAUGGGCCUGACUAUUCUAUCUUGUCUCUUCAUGGUCUUCCUGGGCAAAAAGGCCGCAGGCCGUAACGAGAACCUGACCACCCUGAACAUGGAGAAGAAAGCCCGAUGGCGGGAAGAGCUGAGAGCUAAGAAAGAGGCAGAGGCCUCCGCAGCCAUGGCCGCUGAGAAAGCCCAGUGAGAGGCCCCCGGGGGCCCCUCAGAGCGUGUUCACGGCCCCUACUACUUUUCGACACCCCCCCC